AUGCGCCCACCUCGCAACGCCAACGCUCAACCAACCCCGACUUGCCCACGCUGCCAGCGGACGCUUUGGGCACCGAUCGGCCUUGUAGGACAUCAGCGUACCAACUGUAGCAGCUGGACUGCACUAGUUGUUCUCUCCUCGUCCAACUCCGCCUCAUCCUCCACUCCAACUAACAUUGACCGCACUCCCGAACCCUCAAUACCACUGUCCCUCCUCCUCCUCCUCCUCCACCACCACCACCACCUCCUCCUCCUCCUCCUCCUCCUUCCCCUCUUCCACUAUUGCCUCAACAUCCACUACAGCGUUUCCUAA